AUGCGUUCCAAGUUUAAGGAUGAGCAUCCCUUUGAGAAGCGCAAGGCAGAAGCUGAGCGUAUCAGACAGAAGUAUCCAGACCGGAUCCCUGUCAUUUGCGAAAAGGCGGACAAGACUGAUAUUCCAACGAUCGACAAGAAGAAGUAUCUUGUCCCGUCUGAUCUCACCGUAGGCCAAUUCGUCUACGUAAUACGAAAGCGUAUCAAGCUCGCGCCGGAAAAGGCCAUUUUCAUCUUUGUCGAUGAAGUUUUGCCGCCGACUGCAGCUCUGAUGAGCGCCAUUUACGAGGAACACAAGGAUGAGGACGGGUUCCUCUACGUGUCGUACUCUGGGGAGAACACGUUUGGGGCGUAG